AGAGGAGGGUGGUGAGCCCUGGGCUCUGCCUUCUGUGGUCUACGGGGGGCUGGCUGGCACCCCCACCCACUAGCCAGCCCUGAGCCCGGCUGCUCAGUGGGACCCACCUCAGUGGCACCUGACCCCGUGGUACCUGACCCAGGGGCUUGCUAGCACCUGAUCCAGUGGCACUUGAUGCUGUGGUACGCGACCUGGUAGCUUGAUGGUACCUGAUCUGGUGGUCCAUGACCUGAUAGCUCAGUGGUACGCGACCUGGUGGUUCGGUGGUACCUGAUCUGGUGGUACUUGAUGCGAUGGUAUGUGAUCCGGUGGCUUGGUGGCACCUGACCUGGUAGUACAUGACCUGAUGGUUUGGUGGUACCUGAGCUGGUGGUCCAUGAUCUGAUGGCUCAGCAGGACGUGACCCAGCGGCUUGGUGGUACCCACCCCAAGGGCUACCCCAUGGCAUGGUACCCGACCUGGCAGUACCUGAACUGGUGGCACCCAGUCUGGUGGCUUGAUGGUGGCUGGCUCGGUGGUACCCAGCAGCUGAGGCAGUGGGUGCAAACCGGGGACUCUGGGGUGGGUGCUGGGGGUGCAGGGCAGCAGGGCUGGGUCUGCCCCUGGGCUCUGGCAGCACUGGGGGCUGGGGGGGCAGCGUGUCCCCGCUGCAUCAGGUUGAGUGGCGAGUCCCCCUCCCCGCCUGUCCUGCCUCGGGGAGGAUGCUGCUGCUCCCAGCACAGCAAGCGUGACCUUGGGCUUGUCAACCCCUCCGGAGCGCAGGGGCUGGGGGUCCCCUUUUCCCCACAGCUGCCCGAGGAGAGCUGGGGGGCUGCGGGGAGCUGGCAGAGGGUAGGGGAAGUGGUGCUGGCAGAUGGCCGAGCAGGGCCCUUUCCCAGUGACGGGGGCAUCAGCUGUGUGGGCUGGCACACGUGGCUCGCCUGUCCUGAUGAGUCCGUGCAUGUGAGCUGUGGGGGCGGUUGGCUGCUUCUGCUGCUUCUGCCCAUGUGUGAUUUUUUUUUUUUUGGGGGGGGGGGUGGGGAUGGCCAGACAGGCUCUGCAGCCAAAGCUCCCCACACCCAGCAUUGCCCCCUUGGGCAGCGCAGAGGGCUGGGCUGGAGUGGGUGCCCCAUGGGGUCCCCACUGUGCUGUGGUCGAGCUGAGGGGCUUGAGAUGCUGCUGGACCAGUCCCUGCAAGCCCCAUCCACCAGUAAGGGUGGGAGCAUCCCUUUCUGAGCUUUUCCACUGCUGGCACCUCCCCUGUGCCCCCACAUCCCAUAGGAAAUGGCCUUGGUGAUGCCUGGCUCCAUCCCAGCUCCGUGCUGGGGUUUUGGCUUCCCCCGCUGUGGGAUGAGCCAGAAAUAACACCUCUGGGUGCCAGGUGCAAGGAAAUGCUGGAAUUGCUGCCAGUGCCAGCCUGGGGAGCAAGGAGGGUUUAAGGCAUGGGAAACCCAAUUAACUCAGCUCCAUUAGCUGAUUGAGCUGGCUGAUAAGAGUAUGAUUAAUUAAAAGGAUGAAGAAUAAGUUACCGGGUCCUCGCUGCUCUUGGGGUGCGGUGAUGGCUUAACCCAUGAAAUUGGCUUCUCCUGUUAAUACCCAGUGCCCGGCUGCCACCGGCUGUCAAUGCUCCAUGGCAUCGCUCAACGGCAGGGAGAAACAUCCUUUUCCCAAUGCUGAGUUUGUUCCCUGCUCCCUCUCCCAUCCAGCUUCCAGGGAGGAAAAAAAGAAUCAAAGGGAAAAUACAGUCCCUCCAGAUGGGUGACAUGGAAAGGACCUUUUUAAUUAACUGUGCUUUUCUCGCCGGGGCUCGGUUUGGCUUUGGCAGCCAAGUAAUGCCGAAGGACGGGAGUAUCGUCCCUUCCCACGCUGCCCCCGGCAGAUUCCUGCUCGCCGUUCCCAGCUAACGUGAGCUGACGGCCCCGGUGAGCAGGGGUGCUCCUCGGCGUGCUCCCUAGCUACAGCAGCGCCUGGGGGCCACGGGAAAAAGCAAAUUGCAGCGGUUUGAUGAAUUUUUGUAGUAAUCCUGCUCACUGAAGCCGGGCCUGAAACAAGGACAGGUGGCCACUCGGUGUUCCUUUCUGGCUGGGGCUGAAGGAGGUGGGAGAAGACUCAACUUGCUUCCACUCCCUCCUCUUUCAAAAAAAAAAAUCCCCUACAGCUCACUUUUUCCACCCGUGACAGCAGGAGGGAUGGUGGUCCAGGGUGGGGGGUCCCUGCAUGCUUCUCCCUCCUCUGUCUGCAAAAGCCAGGCGCUGCUGCGGCACCCAUGGUUCGGCAGUGGUCGGUGAUGUCCCUGCACAGGGGCCAUGGCAUGGGGACACCUGGACACCCAGGGGUGCAUUUCCCAGGGGAACUUUCACCCCCAGCAUCCCUGGGAGCAGUAGCAGCCGGUGCAGGCAGCGUUGCCUCUGCUCCCCUCCUCUCCCUGCCCUAAGCAGGGUAACAUCCCAUUGCCCGGUGACGGCUCCUUCCCAUGCCCAGCUCAUCAUUUACCGGCAAGGGAAUUGGUGCCAACAGCCUCAGGAUAUCUUAGAAAUGAGCAAACAAAGCCAACAAGACCUAAAAAAGCCAGAUGGGGAUGUGCUCGAUGGCAUUAUGGCUGAUGGGGAAGGGGAAGGCAUCCUCCGGGCCCCAGAGCUGCUGGUCAUAUCGCUGUAGUGUUCACCCUGAAAUUAAAGAUUAUACAUCCUGAAAUGAAAGAUUAUAUGAUUGGAAAAAUCAUCCAACUGAAAAAGCAGUGGAGCGAUUUGCCAGGACCUUUUAAUAGCCUCACUUCAUUAUCUCUUGCAAUCAAAGAGAAACUCAUGUUUGAUGAGCACUUGGUCUUCAGAAGGCAAUUAAGGAGACCUGGGGAUGAACUGGGGAGCGGGAGGGUAUUCAAUGGUAUCGCCAGUUUGCUGGGCUUGCUCACCACCGAAGAAAUCCUGAAAUCCCCUGUUAUUGUAAGAAGGAAACAUCAAAACCCGGUGCAAAGAGUCCCUGCGGGGCUUUGUGUGGCGGAGGCAGGCUGGGUUCGACUUCGGGAGGUGGCAGGGAGGUGCUGGCUGGUGCUGAGCGACAUAUGGAUACAUAGGUGCCACGGCCCUGCUGGGGUCAUUAAGGAGCAGGGCAGAUGGAAAUAGCCCCCAGCCCCUGCUGGGAGAGCGAUGACUCAGAUAAGCCGCUGGUGUUUCGGGAUGCUGUAAGGCGCGGGAGCUGAGGAUGGUUUUUCCCUGCCUGUGGCCGGGGGCAGCGGUGGGAGGCCCCGGGAUGGGGCUGUACAAAACGCGUUCCAGAUGCUGGCAGGGCUGGGAUGCAGCAGGCAGGACCCGGGCGAGGCUGGGGAGCCGGAAAGGGAUUUUUCCCCCUUUCACCGGGAACAAAAAUACCAUGAGCACGUGAUAGCCGAUUUCCUUUAGCCUUUAAAAAGCCCCGUGGGAUGGAGAGCAGCGGGAAGAGGGGAAGGGGAUCAGCCCAUCCUGCUCGGCGUUCCUGCCACGUCGCAGCUAAAAAAAGCCCAGAAUUUGCCUUUUACCUCCCAAACCUUCCCGCCUUGUGCAUCCUGGGGGCGGGGGGGGGCUAUAGCUUUUUACUGGCUUUCUCCCAAACUCCCCUCAACGCAAACCCGCCGUUUAACAACCACCCCUGCUUUUUCCGCUGGCAGCAAGCCAAGGAACUCGUUCUCGCCGGCGGUGCAUGUGCCGUGGAGGCGUAUUGAACCCCCCCUGCGCCCCCCCGAGCCAGGAAAAAAAAAAAAAAAAAAAAAAAAAGACUUGGACAACGAUCGUGGACGGGACGUGCACCCGUUUGCUGGCUCUUUCCUUUAGGGGCUGUUGCUGCUCGGAGAAAUGUUUGACGGCAGGCCGGUGCUGUGGCUGCAUUCCCGAGCCAGCGGCGGAGGGCAGGGUGCCAGCGGAUCAGCUAAAGCCCAGGGACGAUGAGCACUGCCGCGGCCAAGAGCCAGCCAGGGCCGGGACCCGGAGGAGCCAGCAAGGCGCAGUGCCACGGCUGAGGCCAGCGUGCUGAGCCGUGCCGGACCCCGGUGCCGCCGGCUGGCAGCAGAUGCUCUCUGCCCGGCACGUGGAGCCGCCGAGGGCCCUCGCCACGGCCGGGCCACGCGGAUGGAAAGCUGCAGCCCAGCAGGGAGCCCCGCUGGCCGGCUGACGCCAUCCUGCGCCCUAUGCCCGCGCCCUAUGCCGGAGCGGGCGCCCUCCCUGGCUCAGCCGCCCACCGACCAUGAAGUGCUCGUUGCGCUUCUGUUUCCUCUCGACCGCCUUCCUGCUCGUCUUCGUCAUGUCCCUCCUCUUCACCUACUCCCACCACAGCAUCGCCUACCUGGACCCCGGCGGGCUGGGCGGCAUCCACCGAGUGAAGCUGGUGCCUGGCUAUGCCGGCAUGCAGCGGCUCAGCAAGGGGGGGCCGUACCCCCGGGGCUGUGCCUGCCGCCGCUGCCCAGCCGAGGAGGCCGGCGCUGCUGAAUGGUUUGACGGGCGCUAUGACGGCGCCAUCUCCCCGGUGUGGACCAAGGAGAACAUGGACCUGCCGCCUGACGUCCAGAGGUGGUGGAUGAUGCUGCAGCCCCAGUUCAAGUCCCACAACACCCACGAGGUCCUGAGCAAGCUCUUCCAGAUCGUGCCAGGCGAGGAUCCCUACCGCUCCCACGACCUGCACCGCUGCCGCCGCUGCGCCGUGGUCGGCAACUCGGGCAACCUGCGCGGCUCCGGUUACGGGCCGGAGAUCGAUGGGCAUGACUUCAUUAUGCGGAUGAACCAAGCCCCCACGGUGGGUUUCGAGGGUGACGUGGGCGGUCGGACCACACACCACUUCAUGUACCCCGAGAGUGCCAAGAACCUGCCCGCCAAUGUCAGCUUUGUGCUGGUGCCCUUCAAAACCCUGGACCUGCUCUGGAUCGCCAGUGCCCUCUCCACUGGCCAGAUCAGGUUCACAUACGCGCCUGUGAAGCCUUUUCUGCGGGUGGACAAAGAAAAGGUGCAGAUUUACAAUCCUGCCUUCUUCAAGUACAUCCAUGACCGCUGGACGGAGCACCACGGGCGCUACCCCUCCACUGGCAUGCUGGUGCUCUUCUUCGCCCUCCACGUCUGCGAUGAGGUGAACGUCUUUGGGUUUGGCGCUGACAGCCGGGGCAACUGGCACCACUACUGGGAGAACAACCGCUACGCCGGGGAGUUCAGGAAGACCGGGGUGCACGACGCCGACUUCGAGGCGCACAUCAUCGACAUGCUGGCCAAAACCAGCAAGAUCGAGGUUUACCGGGGGAACUGAGGGCUGCGCCUCCUCCGGCUGCCCUGCGCCGGCCGGGUCCCGGCUGCCCGUGGGGCAGAGGGCAAGGGUCUCCCGGCGGCCUCGGUGAUGAGUGCCGGGUGGGCAGCGCGGCCCCGCGCCGCUGACGGCGCCACCCUGGCGAGAUUUGGUGCCUCCAGCAGCCAAUCAGGUUCAGAGCUAAAGGAGACUUUUUGCUUUCUUUUUUUUUUUAAUUAUUAUUAUUAUUAUUGUUAUUAUUAUUAUUAUUAUUAUUAAGAAACCCAGCUGAGAAAGGAUUUGUAAACACAAUCAAUGACUGAGCGGGCGGCAGGGGUGUCCGCCUCACAUCUCUUUACAGUCAAACCAAAUGCUGCUCUUUUUAAAACAAGACAACCCCCACCCUGAUGCUGGGUGACUCUGGGCAGCGCCCGAGCAUCAUGUCCGGGCCAAGGGAGCCGCGGUGGCCGAGCAGCCUCGCCAGUGGAACCAGCUGCUUCUUUCUUCCUUUAAUUUUGAUUAUUUUUUUUUUACCCACCUGAGGCAGCCGCCACCAUUGCUUGCCCCGGGAGGAAGGCUCCUGGCAUCCCAGCGGGUCCCGGCGCAGCUGGCAAGCGCGUGGACCCACCGCAUGGAGCCGGCGGCUGCGGGAAGCCGACCCUCGCCCGUGCUCCGCUGCAGGCUGGUGGCUGCUCACAGCCGGGCCGGGACAGGGAGAGGAACCCCGGCUUCGAGGCUGGGCACCCGCGCCCCUCUGCCUGAGGAUUGAGGAGGGGUAGGACGGGUGGCGGGGGCGACUGUGCACAAGGCAGCUAAGAAACCCGCAGGAGCGGCAGCCCCGGAUGAGCUCUGUGAGUGCUCGCAGGAUGCUCAAGGGAUGCAGGAUGCAGCGGUUGCGGGAUGCAGCAGUGGGUCCGGUUCCACCGGAGGGUUGGAGACAAGAUUUCCCUUUGCUUUCGGGCUGGGAAAAAUCCAGAUUAGAGAUAGCUUUAGUGGGCGAACAAACCGUGCUUUUGCUUUUGUGUUGCUAUAAACAGACAGCUCUGGUGAGAAGCUGAAAUCCCAAAGUCUUUGCUCCGUUUGUGAGGGUGGGGCUUGGUUUACACCAGACUGGUACAACCGGUGCCCUCAGGGUCCCCGGGGCUUUUCGGGCUGGACAGGCUGCCCCACGGCACGAGACAGGGGGUGCAGAAGGAAACUGCCUCCCCAGAGGUGUAAUUAAAACCACUUUCUUUGGGGCAAUCAGGUGGGUGGGCUUUUUCUUUGUGGGAGAUGCUGGAAAGCUCAAGAAAAAGGCAAUCAUGGAAAAGGUCCCCUGGAGAGGGACCUUCCACCUGCACAGCCGGUGAUGGCAACGGGUGCUCAGCGCGGUGGUGGCACCAGCCCCAUGGUGCCGGGACUGGGGCAGGGGCAGCCCUGCCCGCACCACCUGGUUGCAAUAGCUGUUUGAGGAACAAUCACCAUAGGGUUUUUGGAGGUGUUUUUUACCCUUUUGUACCUGGCUUUUCUGUAGCAGCCUCCUACCUGUUUUCUCUGCUUCAGUUUGGUUGUUUUUCAGGGUUUUCUUCUUUUUUUUUUUUUUUUUUUUUUGAGGUUUCUCUCUGCAAUCAUAAAACAUGAGGGUUUGGGGCACCUGGAGCAGGCACUGAGCAUCCCCUGGGCUGGGGAAAUUAAUCUUUUCUGUCCACAGGGCUUUAAACCCCUGAGUUUCGUGGUGGGUUUUGGUAGAAGCGGUGCCGCCCCGGUGCGAGCAGCCUGCCGCGACCGCCAUGGCCAGCCUCCAACACUGCUCCGAACCCCGCGCCACGGAGGCAGGUUGGAGCCCCGGUCUCCACCUUCCUGGGUUGGUUUUUUCUAGGGGAAGAAAACUAAAAAACCCCACAAAACCAUGAGCAACAAGAGUGCCUUGACCAUCUCCUGUCAGCUACGCUGGGCUGUGCCCGCCGCCGCGCCGGCAGUAGGGGCUCGGCCGAUUUAUCUGACAGUCGUACCUGCUUCCCUCCUCACAACGGGCUGGAUCUGAGCUGGGAGGUGCUGCUUGGAGAGACAGGGACACAUCCAGGCCACCAUGCCAGUGGCUGGAGGGGCCAAAUCCGGCGUGAUGGGGCUGGACCAGCUCCUGCUGUGGGCUGGGCAGGGCCAGGCCAGACAAUCACAGGGUGAGCGGAGGUGCUGGGUACCAAACGCGCCGGCAGCACCGUGCCAGCAUCCUGCGAAGGGCACGCUUGCCGCUCCUUGCUGCCCUGAAUUUUUUUUUUUUUGGCUAACUUCCUUCCUCUACUCCGCUUUGUUUUAAUUAUUAUUUUAAAUUUUUAUUUAAGCUGUCCCGCUAGGACUCACGACCACUUCUGUUUCCCUGGCAGCGCGGCCACCGGCAGGAGGAGGGGGCCGCGGGCGCAUCGCUGACAAGCACCACUGUACUGUACAUAGAGGAGAUGUAGGCAGAGGCUACAGGCAGGGAGGGGGCGCCCAGGCUUGCCCACCUGGCAGGGGCAGUCUUCAUCACGGGUGCCUGAUGGAGCACCCAUCACCUCCCACCCCGCCAGGAGAGGGAGAGACCAGCGCUCCGACCUCAGGCCGGGAGCAGGCAGGUGGCUUCACCCGUAGCCUCUGUGUACAUAGGUACUUCUGCACACAACUGUCUUAAAACAACUUUUUUUUUUUUUUUUUAAAGUCAAUAAAAACCACGCAUCGGAA